AUGACUAUUGAUAUCGAAAAGCACAUCUCCGACAAGACCAACGCCUACAACAACAUGCACCAGGACCGGCGGGCUGUGGUCGCGGCACAGGCCGAGCUCGAGGCCAAGGAGUCCUUGUUGGUGCUGGUCGAGGACCGCGUUUGCCGCCUCGCCGUGGCCGAGCAGCAGCUGGCGCUUCAGACGUGGCGGGCCGCCUACGCGAACGCCUACAUCGCCGGGCACCCGUUUGAAGAGCCUCCCUGCGCCGAAUUUAGCGAUCAAUACGACCUGGGAGACGGGCUGCCGGCGUUGAUCAACGGCUUCGACAAAGCGAAGUUCAACACGUACCUCGAGAUGGACAUCCUGGAACUCGAGAAGGUUGCGAAGGAGCUGCAAGGGAUCGUCAUCCCGGCCGCACAAAAAGCUGUGCUCGCCGCGACGGCGAAGCGGACGGAGAGCGAGAAGCUGUACAACCUAAUUGCGAUUCGCACCAGGGCGAUCGGCGUGGCUGCGGCCGCGACGACGAGUGCGUUGCGGGCAAAAUGUGCGAGUGAAGCGUCUUUCACCCCGGUCAAGGGCGUGGCCAUCCUCACCAAGAAGGAGUCAGUCUAUGAUGAGCCAUCGGACGGGUCGGUCGUCGUCACCGACAGCAAGAAGAAUGGGCACGAGCGCUCGACGAGCGCGACUGCGCGCGAAGCUGCGGCUACUCCCUCUCUUCUCCCGUCAUCACCUCGUUCUGACAGCUCCGACUUCGAUGCCGUCUCCUCAUCGUCAAGCCGGAUAUGGAUUCCACCUCGCCACCUUCAUGCUACCCGUCCUCGCCUUGUUGAGGAAUCGAUUCACCUUUUCGUGGAUGAUGUCGGCGAAGGGUGGAAUAAGGGAUCCAGCUCUACAUCUUCUGCUCCUUCAUCACCACCAUCGUCCUCUUCGAGAGGCUCCAGUUGGUCGUCUGCCCGGUCACCAGCGUUUACUGAUUCGUUUGAAACGUCGCUGCUGACCGUGUCGUUGCUGGACGAGUCGUCCGAAAUGAUGACCGCCGUUCCCGCCACCCCUACCCAGCCUCCCGCCGACGAGGACUUCCAGCCCUUCUACUCGGCCGUCAAGGAGGAAAUCUUCACCAAGCUCUGCGACGUUGCGCGACGAGAGUCGAUCGUGCGAGCACGAGGUGGACAGCCAACUCUAGUGAAAGGAACCUGUGUGAACUGCCCGCCCGAGAUCGGACAGCAGAUGGUGACCAAGUUUUACGGUCCAGCCUUGUGCACACCCUGUGCGAAAUCCUACACGCAAGCGUCGAGGACGUAUCUCAGCAAAAUCGAGAACCAUGAGGACCAUCCGGCGCGCGUCCCGUGCACGGUGUGCAACUUUGAGAAGAAGUGGCCGCCCCUCGGAUUCUCGGCAUACCAAAAGAAAAAGAAGAAU